UUACCUUCAUAUAGCCUAUUAACAUUUUACUUUGUUGUUCAUUUUUAUGACACCCUUUUUUUGAAAACAUACAGUACUGUACAGUUUCAGCAAGUAAAUAAAUGUAAAUUCAAAGUAUAAGAAAAUGGCGUUUUAUAUGUUUUUUUGCCUAAUUAUAGCACAAAUGCAGGCUAAAAUAUAAUUUAAUUUAUUUUUUCAUUGCACAAGGUUCCAUGAAGAACCAGUGGAACCUCUUUUUAUAAAAAAGUGGAAAAAAGUUCUUUAGAUUAUUAAAAUGUUCUUCAGACUAUAAGAAAAAAAAGUUUCUUGAUGUUCCUCAAAGGGUUCUUUGGGGAACCCAAAAUGGUUCUUCUAUGGCGCCGCUGUGAAACCUUUUCGAAUUUGUAUUUUUAAGUGUAUGCAGUAUAAAUAGAAGACUUUUUAAUUAUAUUAAUUAAUAAAAAAAAUAAUUAUUGACAUCUAGUCAGUGAACUACCGUAGUUGUAAGUUAUUGACCAAAAGCAAUAAACAUCAAUUGUUUCAAUCAUUAAAAAAUUUACAUGUUUAACUUAAAAAUUGUUAAUUAAUGUUUAUCUGAUCAGGCAUAAGAGUUGAUUUUAUGAAACCAAUGAGAAUCUUGAACAGUUCUAUAUUGUUAAGGAAUUAUAUAUCGUCAUUGCUGCAACAUUUGAUCAUUAUACAAUGAGCAUUACCUUUAUUUGUUACAUAAAUAGAAAACAUUAGGUAAUAUAAUCCACAAAGCGUGAGAAAGUCAUUGAGCAACUAUGAAUUGUUUGUUUCAUUAGGCAUGUGAUGUACUUAUUAUGGAGUUUAUUCUGAAAAUAGCUCUGGGUUUGUAAUCCUCAAGCUCCUCCCCAGGCUGCCUCAAGUGGGAUAAAACCUGCAGGUGUCAGACCAUCUAGAAGCUCACCGCAUCUCCAGGAUGUUUCCUCUACAGUUCCUCUACAACUUCUUUUACAUCGCUGUGGUCACAGACUUGGAAGAAAAGAAGAAGAAAGUGGUCCAGUAUGACACCUCCAUGUACAAAAGAGGAGAUCUCCUAGAGGUCCCUCGAACUCUCUUUACACAUUUCGGAAUCUAUCUGGGGAACAACCGCGUGGCUCACCUCAUUCCUGAUAUCCUGCCGGUCUUGACCACUGACGAGAAGGCCAUUGAGAAAAUGGUGACUAACAACCGGCUGAUUUUGGGUGUGAUAGCAAAAAAAGCAAGUGUCCGGGUGGACUCGUUGGAGGACUUUGCGUAUGGAGCAGAAAUUCUGGUCAACCACAUGGACAAGGUGUGCAGUCGGUCUCCGUUCGAGGGUGAGGAGGUGGCUCGGAGAGCCGAGAAGCUCUUGGGCUCCGUGGUUUACAGUCUGCUUUGGUACAACUGCGAGCAUUACGUCAUGUACUGCAGAUAUGGCACCAGCAUGAGCUUUCAGACCUACCAGUUCUGCAAAGUGGUGCGCAAGAUUGUGUGCAGCAAGAGAAGUUGUCUUUUAAGCUUUUUGUUAUGCUUGUUCAUCAUGUUUUAUAUGGGGUCUGUGUCCAUCUUUGGAAUUUUAUCCACGCUUAUAAUCCCCUCCACUAUUUGGAUGGCAUCCUGAAAUUUAUUUUAUUUUAUUUUAUUU